CAUUGAUGCGGCACAGUACAGUACAGUAAUACGCUUGGGAAUCCACGCCCAUUGUUAUUUUUACUUGCCCUUUCUUGGAUUUGUGGUUCUCUGUCACUCUCAGCUCAGCUCAGCUCAGCCAGCCAGCAAGCCAUCUAUUAGUACGACAAACGCCCUGCCACCGCCUACCUACUAAGCAAGCACGAACCGCUGACCACACGCAAGCGCCCGCCCAGCCCAGCCCAGCCAGCCAAGCACAGUGGGAGGCAAAGCCAAAGGGAAAAAAAACUUUACCGCACUAUUACGCAGCGCGCAAGACGCCGCACUACAACGACUUACACGCCACAUUGGGCUUGGCCGUCUCGACCGACAAUCGACCAGCAGCUGAGGGCGCAGCAGCCACACGCGCGAAACGAAGAGCGAAAGAGAAGACGCCUGCGAUUUCAUUCUCAUCGUCUCUCACUGGGGGGGAUAUAAUACAGUAGACGGGGUGAAUCGCAAAGAGCGAGCGAGGCAAGGGAAAUCAGAUCAAGCUGUGUGCAACCGCCCAGCAUCGAUCCCCAUCCAUCGCCAACUCCAAUCCUCCAGUCGGCACCCGCGAGCCGAGCAGUACAUACGUUACGCUUUUCCGCCGUCACAUCGGCCGUCCUGUUUGGUGCUUUCGCAUCGACAACCCUGCAGCCGGCCAUUGGCUUCCAUCGCCCAACUGGGCAAAGCAAGGGCCCAAAAAAAAAAACCACCACCACCACACAACCCUGUGAGGAGGUGACGAGGAGACAGCCCGUCCGCCCGCCCGCCAAGCACAUCUCCGGCUCGCUCUUUGGACGCCUCGCGGAGAAGCACCCAGCAGAGGAAACGGAUUGACGGGGGAGGCAGGCAGAAUCUGGUCUCGUGCGCCCGCACUCGAAUCGAAUCGGAUCGAAUCAACGAGCUGCCCGCCCUCUGGCCCUGAUGCAGAAGCGCAUGACAAGCUGUUGCUGUUGUCGCCGUUGUCGUCUCGACUGCUCCUUCCCGACUGGCGAGUUCCUCACCUCUCUCACCACCUCGACCUCCACCUCCGCCAUCGUCACCACCAUCUCUUCCUCCUUCACCACCACCACCACCGACAGCACGAGCACCUCGUCGCUCCCCCUCCUCCUCCACCUUGACGACUCCCUGCGCGGCUCCCGCCCGUCAUCGCCGACACGGGACGCACGGUGAACAAGGGAAAAAAGGGCCUGCCCCGAUCCUCGGACCCGCCCCUCCCGAUCGGCCGCGCCGCCACUUACACCACUCACAAUACCACCCACCACCUUCAACACCAGCCCAAAACAGGCGAUCCACGCCCGGCAACACACCAUGCCCCACCGCGUCACCAACUUCCUGCGCACCUCCUCGGGCGGCAUCCCCCAUAUCAAGCGCAAGUCCACCACCGCCACGAACAACACCACCACCACUGGCAGCGGCUCCGGCAGCGGGACCGCCAGCAACACCACCAGCGGCGCUUCGUCGCGCAACAACUCCGUCUCCGGCAGCCCCUACGACUCCGACUCGGACGACCACCAGCACAACCACAACCACCAUGCCGUCAAGAUGCCCGAGCACCUCGCCGACGCCCUCCGCAAGCAGCACCACCGCCUCUCGCUGCCCCUGCCGUUCGGCCGCUCCUCCAGCAAGGAGCGCGGCAGCCGCUCCCACACGCCCCCCGCCACCCGUCACCAUCACCACCAACAGCAGCCCCCCGUGACGCUCGACUGGAGCAUCGAGAGCCCGCCCGUCAUCUACUACGGCUCCGCCGACGAAAGCUCCGGCGCCAUCUUCUCCGGCCAGCUGUUCCUCGACGUGGCCCGCGACGAGGGCGUCGACGUCGAGUCCCUCUCCGCCACCCUCGCCAUCCACACCGUCCACAAGCGCCCGUAUCAAGGCCACUGCCACGACUGCCAGCAUCGCGAGACGCGCCUCGAGACCUGGGACAACCUGCUGGCUCAGCCCGCGACCCUCGCCCCCGGCCGCCACCCAUUUCCCUUUUCCACCCUGCUGGCCGGCCACCUGCCCGCAUCCAUCGACACGCCCGUCCUGUCCAUUUCGUACGAAUUUCGCGCCGAGGCCGUCCUCUCCUCCUCCUCUUCCAACUCAAACACCAAGGGCACGCCUCGCACCUUGUGCUUCGAGCGCACCAUCCCCGUCAAGCGCUCCCUCGCCGAGCCCCUCUAUCCCCAUCACUCGGUCCGCGUCUUCCCGCCCACCAACAUCAAGGCCGGCGCCCACUACAACACCGUCAUCCACCCCACCGCCAGCAACAAGCUGACCCUCAAGCUCGACGGCCUGGUCACUCACAAUGACCGCGUCAAGACGGUCGACCUGUGGAAGCUCAAGAAGGUGACGUGGCGCCUCGAGGAGACCAUCAAGACCGUCGCCCCGGCCUGCGACCGCCACGCGCCCUCGGCUCCCGUCGUCACUCUGCCUAAUCCUGAUGCCUCUCACCCGUCGGCCGACGACGAGGAUUCCGAAUCCACGACGACGACCACCCGUGGUACCGUCCGCACAGAGACUCGCGUCAUUGGCGAGAAGCAGCUGCACGAGGGUUGGAAGUCGGACUACUCUGGCAACGAUGGCACCGUCGACAUGGAGUUUGACUACUGCGUCAACCAGUACGCCGACAAGAACCACCACACCCACCACCGUGGCAGCGGCGCCCCGCCGCGCGAGCUCAAGUACGCCUGCGACCUGCGUAACGCGGCCGACGGCACCGAGGUGACGCACUCGCUCCAGAUUGAGCUCAUCGUCUCCAAGGAGUACGCCCCCGAGGGCAAGCCGCACCUGGCCGCCCAGACGGGCACCGGUCGCAUCCUGCGUAUGCACUUUGCCGUCACCAUGACCGACUUUCCCGGCAUGGGCGUCAGCUGGGAUAACGAGGCGCCCCCCGUCUACCAGGACGUGCCCCCCAGCCCCCCGGGCUACACUCCACCGGCGUCACCGCCGCCGCCCCUGGAGCCGCCUAUUGAGUAUGAGGACCUGGAGGAGCUGUUUGCGCAGCGGGCCAGCGUGGAGCCAAGGAGCGACUGAGAUGGGCGUGGAUUUGAAAAAAAAAAGGGGACGACAACAGCGUACAAGUAAGGGGUGGAAACGAUGGAUGACGACACGACAAAUGCAUAGCGCAACUCUCUUCUUCUUUUGCUUCUUCAGUCUAGGAUUGUUCUUCUGUGUGUUCUUUUCUGUUUUUUGGAGACGGCGGCGACGACGAUGACGAUGACGACAAAGAGAGAAAAGGAUAUACCCCUUAGGAACAUAUUGAGCUGAAGCAUUAUCGGGUUGCAACAAGGUUUUGGCCUUUCGAGGCCGAUGAGAGGGCAUCGUGUGGUGAGAGCAUUGAUGACGGAUGGAGGGAGGGUGUCAAAUGCAUACAUGGAGUUUCUGUGCUUCUGUUACUUUUGGAUGUGUGCGUUGGUGCGCUCGUCAGCGAGCGAGGAUAAAAGGAGAAGCGAGCGGCCCUUAUGGAUGGCCCGCCUGAGAGUACAAUUAUCACAGUAAUUCUGUAUACAAGUAUACGC